CAUGAAACUUCUUGGCCUCCGCGCCACGGUUGCGGUGGCCGUGGGAGGUUUCACGGUCGUUGCGGCUCAGGAGUGCUAUGCCAAUACCACGUAUGGGGAUUUUGACGUGGACGUGAAGAAUUUUUUCAGUCAAGAGGAGCUGGACACGUAUACGACAAACUGCACCACGUUACAUGGGGACAUUGGCUUUGGGAAGAAUUUCACCGGUGCAGCCAUCGUUCACAACCUGAUCAACAUCACCGGCGUCGUCACCGUGGGGUCGAAUUUAACCUCGAUCGAGUUUCCCGAUCUCUUAUCGCUCGGCUCCAUGGACGUCGACUCGUCGAAUUUGAGAUCCCUUUCCCUGCCCCAGCUGCAAACUGCGUCCAGCUUUAAUGUCGACAAUUUCGAAUCCUUGAGUUUCUCUUCGCCCAAAAUAUACCAGGCAGAUUACAUCUGGAUCACAGGCCAGUUAGCAAGCCUUGACCUCCCGAAACUUGAUACAGUGACCAAGAUUCUCGAGAUAUGUAGCGACUCGGACUGUACAGCGCCCUCGGGGACAGCCUUCGAUGUGAAUCUUCCGGCCUUGCGAAACGCCAGUCAAGUGAAAAUCGCAGGAAAUCUCUCCAGUUUAUCAUUACCCGUCCUUGCCACUACCGGAAGCGAUGCACACUAUGCUGGUGUCUUCAUUUCCAACCACGGCAAUCCCCUGAACAUGAGCUUCCCUGAGCUGAGCUCCGUCACAGAAAGCCUCAAGUUCAAGGGAGCUAUGAGCAGCAUCAACCUACCGUCAUUGCACAACACAACAGCGGAUAUCACCAUCGACAGCUCCACCCCCCUCGAUGUGGACCUAUCCUCCCUCAUCGAGGCGAGUAAAAUCCUCCUCGAGGGAAAAAUCUCCUCAGCGAACUUUUCCUCCCUCGAAAUCUUCCAACAGGUGGAAAUCGAAUCCCAAGUCCACAUUAACUGCGGCACCUCACUUCCCCAAAACAUCACCGUUGGGGAAGUGGCCAGUUGCUCGUCGACUGCAAAGUCCAAGGGCUCGAACAUCUCCAGUCGCUCGGUUAAUAUUGGAGUAGGGGUGGGCGUAGGGGUCGGGGGUGCCAUCGGACUCCUCAUCAUCGUUAUCUGGAUGUAUAGGAGAAGUCUGAAGCGGAAGAAGAGGGCCAGUCAGGCUGUAGCUACCCUGGAUGUGUAUGGGUUGCAGGAGGGUGUGGGGGUGGAUAGGGUUGAGACGGCACCGCCGCCCUAUUCACGAUAUUGAUCAAUAUGAUAUUAACCCCGGCGAGUCUAGAGCUAUAGAUAUACACAAUGACGACUCCAGGGGUUGGACUCUAC